AUGGCGCUGCGGGGAGGAGCGGGGCUGCGGCGCGGGUGGGCGGGCCUGGGGGGCCCGGGGGGGGGCCCCCAACGCCUCCGCUCCUGGCCAGGGGUCGGGGGGCUCCGGCGGGCCGCUCGGGAGGCCGCCCCGGGGGACCCCCGCAGCUUGGAGGAGCUCCCGGGCCCCGGCCAGCUGCGCUUCUUCUUCCAGCUCUUCGUGCAGGGGUACGCGCUCCACUUACACCAGCUGCAGGUGGUGAGUAAGGCGCGCUUUGGGCCUCUGUGGCGGUCUCAGGCUGGGCCCUACGCGAAUGUGAACUUGGCCAGCGCGGCCCUGGCCGAGGAGCUGCUUCGGCAGGAGGGUCGCUUCCCCAUGCGCAGCGACAUGGCCCUCUGGAAGGAGCAUCGCGACUCCCGCGGCCUGGCCUACGGGCCCUUCACCGAGGAGGGAGAGCGCUGGUAUCAUCUGCGCCAGGCGCUGAACCGGAGGAUGCUGAAGCCGUCGGAGGCGGCUCUGUACUCCCAGGCCGUGAGUGAUGUAGUUAGCGCCCUGCUGGUCCGUCUGGAGGAGCUCAGGGCCGAAAGCCCAUCGGGCGACCAGGUGUCCGACGUGGCUGACCUCUUCUACCACUUCUCCUUGGAAGCCAUCACCUACAUCCUGUUCGAGCGGCGCCUCGGCUGCCUGGGGAAGAAUCACCCCCGGGACGUGGAGGACUUCCUGGAGGCCGUGGGCUUCAUGUUCAAGAACUCCGUCUAUGCCACCUUCCUUCCCAAAUGGACCCGGCCACUACUGCCUUUCUGGAGGCGCUACCUGGCCGGCUGGGAUACCAUCUUCUCCUUCGGGAAGAAGAUGAUUGAUCAGAAACUGGAAGAGAUAGAGAAGACUCUUGAAACCCAGAAGCCCGGUGACGAGGUGAAGGUGUCUGGCUACCUGCACUUCCUCCUGAGCAGCGGGAAGUUCAGCCCCCACGAUGUCAUGGGCAGCCUGGCCGAGCUGCUCAUGGCCGGGGUGGACACGACCUCCAACACCCUGACGUGGGCCUUGUACCACCUCGCCCAGGACCCGGAGCUGCAGGCGGCACUACACGAGGAGGUGGCGACGGUGGUGGCUACUGGGCAAGCGCCCCAACACAAGGACUUCGCCCACAUGCCCCUGCUCAAAGCUGUGAUCAAGGAGACGCUGCGCCUGUAUCCCGUGGUCCCCACAAAUUCCCGCAUCAAUGUGGAAAAGGAGGUGAACGUCGGAGGUUUCCACUUCCCCAAGAAUACCCUGUUCGUCCUCUGCAACUACGCCAUGUCCCGGGACCCCGAGGUGUUUCCGUCGCCCCACGCCUUCCUGCCCCGGCGUUGGCUGCGGGGGGACCCGGCCGCCCCGCCGGGGGUCCCGGGGGUCUCGCACCCCUUUGGCUCCCUGCCCUUCGGCUACGGCGUCCGGGCCUGCCUGGGCCGAAGAGUGGCCGAACUGGAGAUGCAUCUGGCUCUGGCCGGGGUGGUCCAGAGGUACGAGAUCCAUCUGGCCCCCGGGCUGGAGAAGGUCCAGGCCAUAGCCCGCAUCGUCCUGGUGCCCGACAAGCCCGUGAGGCUGACCUUCCUGCAGAGGACACCCUGAGCCCCGGACCCCUUCCGAAGGACCGGGACACUGGGGUCCCGCCACCCCUGCUUUUCCCCUGCCUCCGUUUCCCCGGGUGGUAGAGCAGCGCUCAAUAAAUACAACAUUGAUUGAUGGGUUAAGUAAUAAAGUGACCUUUCUAGACUGUGA